AUGUCGUCAAUUAGCACCCACACAACAGCAGCGUCCCACUCUCACACUCUGGCACCCGGCCCAGUCAUCACUUCCAGCCUCAGCUCCGCCCAACCCACGUCCAUCGUCUCGAGUAGUAACAUCCCUCCAUUUAUCACUGGCACCACCAGCCCUGGAGGAUCAGGAUCAUCCGCCGCUCCAACUCCUACCGCAAAGCCUUCCUCCGCGUCGUCGACUUAUACUCAGAAGAAGGUUUCUCUUGUCUUGGCGCUUAUGGUCUUCCUCCCCGCCGUCAUCAACGCCCUCUAG